GCUCAAGAGGGGAAGCUAUUGGUUUGGCCCGAUCCCACCUAGGGGAGCGAGCUGGCUGGCUGGCAGGCGAGCCCGCAGCCCGCAGCCCGCAGCCCGCUGCCCGUAGCCGGCGACCCGGGAGCCAGGAAGCAGCUGUCAGGGAGCGCAGCGGGACGAGCGGUGCAUGGGGCGUUGGCACCGGUGCGCACGUCUUCGUCGAUGUCUCGGAUGCGGCGAGGAAGCUUCUGUAUGGCGACCUGAGCCAUUCAACAGCUGAACUCGGAGGCAGCGGUCGCAGAAAGCAACCCGGAGCAUUGACGGUUGAGACUGCGGCUGUUGGAGGGAGGUGGCGGCGGCGGCAGGAGCGGUGGCGGUGGCAGUCCCGCUAUCUCAGUGGAGCCAAGCCUGAAGGCACAGCGGCUGCCGAGGCGCCCGACUCGGUUCUUCGAGAGUGAACUCGUUAGGACUCAUCAAUAUACCCCGAAGUCUAACGGAGUAGGUGCUUGCAGUGUUCCCACAACACAGUGGUCACCAUGAAGAAGUCACAUGAAUCGUUGCCUUUCGAAUAUUUCCUUCUUUGAUCUCAAUUUUCGUAGAAGGUGGUGUGACGACACCAUGACAGUCACAGUGGUUUAUGAUAACUCGGAGGCAACAGAGCUCUGUGCUGCUCAGCACCUCUACCUCAAGCCUAUAGCAAAAUUAAUGAUCAACGUAUUGCUCCCAGAAUGUAUAGAACCUGUGAGGCCCUUCUCUAACUGGGAAGUUCUUGACCAGCUGAAAAGCCUGAUUUGUCCUGACCAGUUCACCACCGUGCGGCUCUCCAAGAGUACAAAAGACUUCAUCCGAUUUGAGGGUGAGGCUGAAACCCGAAGUUUGGUUCAGAUCCUGAAGGCAAAGUUACAUGGGAAGAUCAUCAAGUUAAAUGGUUUGAAAACUGACUUAAAAGUAGUGGCUACAGAUGCCCAGGGAGAGUGGGAACACUUCCCCAAAGACAAAGAGGCCUCGGUGAUUGAAGGGGCUGAAGACCAGGAACAUGAUAAGAGCCCAGAUUCUAUCUAUUUUGAAGGCUUGCCCUGUAAGUGGUUUGCACGUAAAGGUUCCAGUGGGGAGAAGCCCUGUGAAGAGAUCCUUCGGGUGGUCUUCGAAAGCUUUGGGAAGAUCAAGAAUGUGGAUAUCCCUAUGCUUGACCCCUACAGAGAAGUGAUGACAGGUGGGAGCUUUGGGGGCUUUAACUUUGGCUUGCAAACAUUUGAGGCCUUUAUACAGUACCAGGAGUCAACUGACUUUAUAAAAGCCAUGGAGUCCCUUCGAGGAAUGAAGCUGAUGCUUAAAGGAGAUGAUGGCAAAGCUCUGGCAUGUAACAUUAAGGUUAUGUUUGAUACAACCAAGCACUUCAGUGAAGGAGCUAUAAGGAAGAGGAAUCAGGAAAGGCUAAAGUUGCAAGAGUUGGAGGAAGAAAGGAAAAAAGAAAAGAAAAGAGAAGAGGAAGUUGCUGAAAGAAAAAGAAAAGAUGAAAUGAGAAAAGCCCAAGAAAAGAAAAAGAAGGCCAGAGACAGGAGGCGAGCCCUGAAGGAAAGGGACAAACACCGGCAAAGAAAGGAGAAGGUGAAAGGCAAAGCUGAGGUGCCUCAGGAACUGGACUCUUCAGAGGAGUGGGAGGAGAGGAAGUACUUGCUGGCUCAGAGGCGGGUUGAGGCCCUUCGGUUGCUCCGGGUACUCCUGAAGAAAAUUUCAGUAAGGCUGUUUCCCAAUUGCUACUCAGUUUUGGUUUGGAUGAAAAGGGAAAACCUUCGGCCUUGUCAAGCUCAUAUCAGCCUUGUCUUGAACUAUCUGGGAUCCACACAGUGUAACCCACAGGAGGCUGAUAUUACAAACCUUGAAGCACCAGGGACCACAUUGAAAUGUCUGGAGGAAGAAGAGUUAAGCACUCAACAUCUUCUGCAUCAGGAAGAAAUGCCAAGACAUCAGGGUUCCAAGUCAGGGAGUAAACAAAAACAGAAAAUGAAGAAAAGAACGAGGGCUCAGUUACAGAAAUCUUCACACUGCCUCGGGGAAAGAGAAGUAAGAUACUCAACGAGAAAAGAGAAAAACAGAAAACUCCCGACUGAUGGAUGCAAUUACAGUCCAGACUCUGACGAGAAUACCUUGCAGAUUACAGUGCUUCGAGGUCAGUCUCUUGAAAAAGAAGGCCACCAAAGUUCUAAUGAACCAUACUCUUCUCUACAACCCAUGAUGCACCUUGGCAAGAAGCCGAAGAUCUAUGAAACUGAUGAAUUUAUUAACUAUCUGUUGAACUAUUACCAAACUCCAGAAAAUGCCCGAUUCUGCCUAGAAGCAAGUCACAUCACAAGCACAUGUCAGUGGCAGAGGGUUGUCUGUGCUAAAGGGAAUGGAUUUCAGAUCCAUUUGAGAAAACAUAGGUGCCGCCCAACCAGUCUGAGUGAAAUGGAAAACCUGGGAAGGAAAGAACAGGUUGAAGAUCAUGACUGGUUAAAGAUGUCUACUCAGGACCCUGAGCACGACUCACAAAAGAGAAGAAAGAUUGGUUAUACCAAAGAAUUUAUUAAGAAAUUAAAAAUUUAUUGCAAGGAUACAGCCAGUGAAACUGAUGAUCUACUGUCCUCAGCUGAUGAAGAGAGCCAUUCCCUGGAAAAGACUCACACUUACCAAGUCCAAGAUUCUCCAUACACAAGAAAACGUCAAGUUUCCUCACCUUUGAGUUCAGCAGACACAGAUUUGCAAUUGACAGACUUCUUGGAGGAAAUUAGCAGUGAUUCUGAAUGCUUCAGUGAAACUCUUACUGCAAAAAAGGAGGAGGAAGAGAGAUCUGUGACUGUAUAUGACAGCUCCCCUGAAAGAAGCUCUUUUAACACUGAUGAAACCAUCACUUGCAAACAAAAGCAUAGGUCAAGGCAGCAGACCCUGUAUUCAAAGUGGAAACAGGACAGCGAGGAAAAAUACUCUAAACGCAAAGUUAGGACCCCAGGUAAGAGGUCCAUGUAUGAACUGAGAUGUUCAUGGCCUGAGGGUGAAAACAGUUCCAUUAGGGAUGAGAGCGUAAGCAAAACCAGGGAAAAACAAGCCACUAACUACUACUUUGAAGAAGACUACUACCAUGAAACCAGUUCCAGUGAUGAACCAGAGAACGUCCCAAGAAAGAAGAGGAGAGUGAGUGGUAGUAAAUCCUUUCCUAUGCCAUUAAUACUGCCAAAACAUGAUCGAGCUUUCUGUUUGGGAUAUCGCCCCAGAAAAAGACAGAAUCCUUGGAAGUCAGAAUAUAACCAGGAUGUCAGAGUGUUCAAAAGAUAUGAAAGUUCUGAAGAUUACAUGCUUGAUUCUGAUGAUUAUUAUAUGGGCCAUGACAGGCAGGGGCACAUUGAGUGUGGAAGCUACGUGGGAAGCAGCUACGCUGGCUCCUUGUAUUUUAAAAUGGUUUGAUGAGCACUUUGAUCAGGAACAGCCUUAUUUACAAGAAACAGUUUGCAAAAAGAAAGACUUAAAACCAAAUACAGCUAUGUUGUUAGCAACUACAGAGCAAGAACUAGAAGAGAAUUAAAUGCAAUGCCUUUUUCCUCUUGCCAAAGUUUUAAGUAUGGGUCAAAAUGAUUGCAGGUAUGUUAGUAAAGUUUGGAAAUAUAAACCUCUAGAUCCUGACACUUUGUAAAACAAUGUGCUUGCAAAACUUCAUUGAACCAAGGACAAAUUUCAUUUUACAGCUUUAAUUUGGUGCCAGCAAAGAAUCAGAUUAGCAUCAAGAAGGGCUGAGAUAGCCUUCUGUGACUUUUGCUGUCAUAACAUCAUGCAUCAUCUGUCUUCAAAGAGGACAGUAAUGGAUGGAGAUCUUUUACGUGUUCUUUGAUUUGUCAGAAGCACUAUGUAUAGUAACAAACUUUCCUGACUUUCACUUAGGAAUAAUAAGGCAGAUCCAGCAGCUAGAACAUAAGAGACGUCUUCGUGACAUUAGAAUUUCAUGAAUACCCACCAGAAGGAAAUGAAUAUAUUCACAGUACUCAAAAGGUUGUCCUUUUAUAGAGAAAGUUUUAGAAGAAUCUAAAUGGGGCUGAUUGUUUUCUGAUGGUUAGGUAGACAGGGGACUCUUAGCAUUUUUGUUGUUGUUUAUUUUAUGAACCCUGUAUCUUUCCAUAUAAAAAAAAAGCACCAGGAUUGAAGCUAUAUAACCAGGGAGAUUUGUGAAGGAAAUAUUGAAAGAUCCUGGGGCAUCGGCAAUGGCACUUAGGAAGAAAAGUUGUGACAGUAUUCUAUUUCAGGCUUUGUAAUCCUUUCACACUCAGGGUUGGGUGACAUCAGUUUGUAAAAAGUCACUGAAUAUCCCCAAACUGACUUUUAUAAAACAGUAACAAAGUGCCUCCUCAGUCCUCAAUAAUGCCAUGGAGUUAGGAAGAGUUCAAAGAGAAGGCCAUAGUUUUCUUAGCUGUGGAAAAAUCAUACAUGUGCAGACUUUGUAAACAAUGUUAAAUAAACAAUUUAUCUUUUUUCCUACUCAUUUUGGACUUCUUAAACAUGUUUUUAAAUUGAGAUAUUUAUAGAUUCCUAAAGACUUCCACUUUAGUGCAGUGCAUGUUCUGUAGAAAGCUUGGCCGACUCAUUCUGCCUUACACUGGAUUCAGGACCUCAGGGCAGUUGAUGACCUUUAUUUUCCCAGUAAAGGUAUACCUGACCUGGCAAUUAAAGAUCAGUGAAAUUAGAGACUGCCUGCAUCAGGAAAAGUUGAUUGGAAUUUGUAGAAUCAGUCAGUAAAGGGCAGCACUUUCACGAUAAUUUCAUUUCCAUCUCAAUUUGAUGCUCUGUAGGAAAACCUCUGCUGGUAGAGGCAGGUAGGAUGCCACUCAGUGUGGUUGAUUAGAACCACGUCACACAAUGUGUACCCAUAAACCACCUCUUGAGCAACCUGGUAUCUUAAGUGGUUAUAAAAUCUCAUGAUUUACCAGAAGUAACAGCCACCAUUUAUUUCAUUGAACUGGGUAUUACUAUUUGAAGAAAGGUAUGUUUUAAACACAUACAAGUUCUGAAAGGAACAUACCAUAACAGAUCCAUGUGUAUUAGUAAGAGAAAAAGCAAGUAAAUUAUGUGCUGACUCAUGUUCAAUCCUGUUUCCAAGGUGGUUGUUUCACUGUUAAAACUAGAUUUGACUUGUCCAAUCUGAAAGAUUGCUUAUGGGGCAAGUGUGCCUUUUUUUUUUGUUUUAUUUUUAUUUUUUUGAGGACUAGUAAUGACUAUUCAUGUUCAAAGUACUGUUGCCCAAAGUAGCCUUUGACAUUACUAACAGCUCAUAUUUUGUCAGACAGUUUUCAGGAAAGUAGGUAUUAUUGUCCCCUAAUGAAAACCUGCCUCCUUAUUUUAUUCCUAUAGUAUUCCAUUAAAAUAUGGGCUUGUAAUUGAAAGCAGCUGUUAGGUUUGAAAUAACAAUCUCAAUUUAUUCCCUCAUUUGAUAAUUUGUCUUCAGAGAUUUUAGGCAUGGAAACAAUUUGCUCAGUAAAGAUAUAAAAAUUAAAUAGCAGAAUUCAGCAGCAUGUGCAAUUUUUUUUUUCUAUAAUAGAACUGGUGCUAAGUCACUUCAGUACAUUUUUGUCUUGUUUGGUUUGUUAAACACCCUCAUGGGGCCUACAAAUGAAAAUACUGGUUUUACUGAACUCUAGAUUUUUUCUCUGUCUGUGCUAUGCAUAUUAGAUUUGCAUCGGUGUAGGCUUUAAAGGAGGAAAAGAAUAAUUUACAUUGCUUCUCAUUCAGUGGCUUAGUAAAGAAUGUAAUGGAACUAAAACAAUUGUAACUCCUUUUUUCCCUUAAUGUGAUUCUUUGUUGUGAUAUUAAGUUGUGUAGAAUAUUUUAUCAUUAUCUUCUUUUUGUCUUAUUAAAAAUAAGUUCCCUGAACUUUUUAAAAUAGGGGUUUUCAUGUGUUUUCCUUGUAUGUGCUGCUAAUCCUGUGAGAAAGCUAAAAGUCUAUUAAUGCGCUUUUGUUCAUUUGUUUAAAAUUCUCAGGUAGAAAGCCAUAUAACCUAGUAAUUUU